UGAGCUCACAGCUGAGGCCUAAAUAUAGUGUCUACGUCUGAGACCUUUUCACUAUUCAUGGUAUAGAGACUUCGGUGAUGGUCGAGAAGAUGCUAUAUAAACAUGAUCCUGCUCGGAUCAUACCCCUUCCUCAAUCCCAAUAACUCAGUAAACCCGCAACAGAAGCCAGAAAACAUCUUACUCCACGCACAUCCUUAGGCAUCAUUUUUAUAGAGUCCAUCCUCAACGACCAGAAUGAGAACCGCUUUCCUCUCCGCCCUCUCCCUCCUCACCCUCAGCGCCGCAGCCUUCAAUGUCUCCGUCACCUUCCACGGCGCAACCGAGGACGAGUCUUACUCCCUCCUCUUUCCUACAGACACCACUGCUGUGCAGAUCGACAACCCCAUGAUCGUGUACAGCAUCUCCUCCCCGGGCGGCGGCUUCUGCACCUUUGUGGGGGCGGAAGGCGAGGAUGUGGUAAUCUUUGCCGAGGACGAGGAGACUUUGAUGAUUCCGCAGGCGAUGAAGUGGGGUAGUUGUGAUAACAACUGAGAGCUGGCUGAACAGAGCCAGAACUGCCAGACGGGGCUUUUUUCCCAGGUGACAGAUGCAGGAAUGGGUUGAUUGUCAUAAGCCCUCUUUAUUGUACAAGUCGUGAAGCGAGGAUGAGAAUUUCACACUCCUUUGAUACAAACACUUUAUAGUAGCCAAGAGACAAAUCCCUUUGUUGCCUGAUGAGACUUUCCAGAUUUGCUUAUCUGCCUGCAAUCCUGCAACACUAUGAGUUCUCGAUCAAAGAUAAAGAGUUCAGGGUUCA